AUGAACUCUAAGACUUGGCCAUUUCCACAACCUUUGGGAUCAGGGAGCCCCAACUUAUCAAUUUGGAUGGCGGGGAGGAUCAUUCCAGCACCUACCGGCUACUCAGGCCGCGCAUGUCUCCAUCGUCACUUGCAAGUUAUGCCGUAUAUUCAUGGCAGUUUUGAAUACUAUACCUUUAAAGGCGAAACAAUCAGAUGGCUUAAUUGGCGUCUCACACGACACGCUGAUGCCACUAGCGACAUAACCAUUGGUAGUAUUCUGCUUCUCUUGAGCUUCGAGGUGAUCGCAAUGCUGAGCAACACUGAACCACGACUGCAGCCGAUUCGAGCAGUGCAGCCAUGCCGUUGGGACCAUUCAAACAUCUUGGGACGCUUCAUCAGCACCAGUGUAGUAUCCAAGUCUCCUCUGCUAGGUGGCGAGAGACUCAGAUCCCUCAUUUCACCUUGUUAUUUUGAAGAGACUAGCAUUGAACUUCUCCAAAAUAUGCAAGAGUUGACCGCAAAGAUGUUGCAACUGGAGAUCCAACCUCUCGACACUUUUCGGCUCUACACAGUUCCUAGUCAAAUUUCACAGCCUCACCCAAGUCUUCAUAAGACAAUCCAGCUAGCUGCUUCCAUUUACAUGAAAGCUUUCCAGUAUCCACCCAUUCAAUUUUCGUCGCCUAUGAAUCACGACGAAGCGUUUCGGCUGUGCUACGCAGUCGAAGAUCCUACCAAUGACCAGACGUGUGCAAAGUUUCCUGGCAUUUACAUGUGGAUAUUAUUGAUAGCAGCUGCCGCGACGGAAGGAAGCUCAUCUGAGACAUGUUUAGUAGGUCAUGGUAUGGUUGUUUCUUUGAUAACAAAGAUCUGCCUGGGUGCAGGUUACGCCUGGUGGGGGGACAUGCGGAGGAUGUUGAUCAAUUUCGGCAAGAUCAAGAACAUGAUCGCCUAUUCAAAAACAUAG